AUGGCUGAUACCAAUGGAACCAAGGCCACCAAUGGCACCACCGCCACUAGUGCUACUAGCACUAUCCCUACUAAGCCCCUCUUCACCGAAAAUGAGAUGAAGCUGCUUGCGUGUGCUUGGCAGUGUAUCGAAGGUGACAUCAAGGUUGACUACGAGAAGCUAGCGAACCUUGCUGGUUACACCAAGGGCUCUGCUGCCACUCUCUUCAAUGGGCUGAGGCGCAGGAUUCGAGACCUUGGAGGUGCCGCCAGUGCUACCACUCCUGGAACUCCGAAGACGAGGAAGCCGAGGGCCAAGAGUACCAAUGAUGACGGCACCCCCAAGUCAUCAUCAGCCAAGAAACGAGGUCGCCCUAAGAAGGUUGAUGCUGCCAACGAUGACCAGGCCAACGGUGAUGACGUUACUGGCGAUACUCCGUCCAAAAAACGCACCAAGGCCACCUCGAAGUCCGCAGCGAUCAUCACCCCAGAUGAUGACGCCGAAUCAGCGAUGAAAGAGUCGACCACGGGUGAGAACAGGGACCUAACUUCGGCGAUUCUCUCCAACUCUCUCAAGGAAGAGCUGGAGAAGUCUGGUGGCACGGGCGAGUUGGGAGCUGACGUUUAG